AUGAUCACCCCGCGCUUUUCGUGCGCGCAGACCGACGAUGCUGUGGUCAUAUCCAUCUACUGCCCCUCUGUUCGCGCCUCCGAAGUAGAAAUUCAUGUCGAUGAGAACAUUUUCUCUGUGCACAUAGCACCAUACUUUCUCCGGCUCAAUCUACCGCACAACGUCCUAGAAGACGACGCUUCAGGAGCCAAAUAUGACCCUGGCUCAGGUUAUCUGACCGUGACUCUGACUAAAGAAAAUAAAGGACAAGACUUUCCUGAUCUCGACAUGUUGGCGAGACUGUUAGCGCCGCGACCCUCACAGGUGGUCCAGCCUUCCAUCGAAGUCCUUUCAUCACAGGAUGAUACAAAUGGAGACGAUCAAGAGCUGGUUGAUCAGGCAGAAAGUCUGACGCUCGAAGAGAAAGAACUCACUUCCGAACAGCGUGAAAUCCUCAAAGCCGCUGAGAAUGACUGGCAGCUCCCGCAGACCGUCCCAGAGCCGAUAGCUGAUCUUCAUAUGACUCUGGAGAAACGUUACGGCUUUCUGGACAUGUACACCGGUUACUUUAGACACGUCACGACGACGGAGAAUGAAGUCAAUGAGCUCGGUGCGGACGCGGAAACACUUACUGUGUCCGAACGUCAGAAGCGUCGCAUCGCGCAUGAGGAUGAGAAAUGGGAUGAAGAGCAUUACAUGGCGGACUUUGCAGACAACGAAUACAUCGCGGAGCUCAUCUCUUGGGAACACCCCCACCUCGCCGCACCCGCUGUGGCACCAUUCACCGAGGCUGAAAAUAUGACCAUGCUUCAGCUCCCUCAGAAAGAGUAUCUGGCCACACCGGCCCAAACACAUUCUCUCUACUUGACGCUCGUCACCCUCCUCUUCUCGUACGCAUACGACGCCCGAACAACACAACACGAUCCCACGCCCGAAAGCGCCUGGACGAUCUCAGUCCUUACACCCUAUUUUUCCGCCCUUGACCCUCCGCCAUACCGGACUCCCGUCCAUCCGACAACUCCAGAACAUAUUCCACACAUCGUUCCGCAUCACGCUACCACAAGCAGUGACAUCGACUUCAUCAUCGCUAGUGCAUCGAAACCCAACGUAACGAGGGCGUCCUCGUACCCUUCGGUCCAGUCGUUCCCGCCGUCUGUCCUCUCGAACGCAUUGAUACCGUCGUACCGUCGCUCGCUCGCCUUUCCCUUACACCGUUCUUGGCUUCUCGCUGAACGUUGUCGUCAAGAUGUAGCGGGAUUCUUACAGCGCGGAACUCAUGCAGUAUUGCGCUCUCUCCUCGAGAUACGUGCCAUCCUGGACAAACAUGAAGUAUACUACGUAUACUCGCGGAUCUGGGUCGACGACCUCUGUACAUGGGUGGCGCGAUACACAACUAACGAGAAAUUGAGCGAGUUGGGCAAAGCGCUCAGUGAGUUGAAGAUUGAGAAGGCUAUGACGGGAUGGGAUCUCGAGGCGCUGGAGGAGGCGGUCUGGGCGACACAGCAGAGGGUGGGUGAUAGCGAUGAUGAGUCGGAGGACGAGGUGGAGAGGAUGACGCCGGCUCAGCUCGCUUGAUUGAUGUUGACGAAGUCCAACAAAUGUAACAACAUGGAGACGUAUUGGUCAGUCUCAUUGUAGUUCUGUCGCUCGUACGGACUUGCGUAAAAAGAUAUAUGUAUGAUUAUGUAUGCAGCUUUCG